UAACUGAGUUUGUUUCUCUCUUUCAUUGGUUUCCAUUUUCCACACAACAAGCACCUUCUCCUCUGCAUCUAACUUUUCAGGUCAACCUCUUCAUCAGUUCUCCUCCACUCUAUACUCUAUAGGAAACAUGGUGGUUGAAGUGGUUAAUGUAAGUGAGUUCCAACAGUUAGCUAAACAAAUUCUUCCAAAGAUGUAUUAUGACUACUUCACUGGAGGUGCAGAGGAUGAACAUACACUGAAGGAAAAUGUGGACGCAUUUCGCAGAAUCACGUUUCGACCAAGAGUUCUUAUUGAUGUGAGUAGAAUAAAUCUAUCGACAAAUAUACUGGGUUAUGAUAUGUCUUCGCCAAUUAUGGUAGCUCCAACUGCAUUUCAUAGCUUAGCUCACUCUGAAGGAGAAGUUGCAACAGCUAAAGCUGCAGCUGCAUCUAAUACGAUUAUGGUAUUAUCCUAUUCGUCCACUCGCACGAUAGAGGAGGUUGCUUCAAGCUGCAAUGGUAUUCGGUUCUUCCAAUUAUACGUAUUCAAAAGAAGGGAUGUUUCAGCUACAUUAGUGCAGAGAGCUGAAAGAAACGGAUUCAAGGCUGUAGUUUUAACGGUAGACACUCCAAAACUUGGUCGAAGAUGGAGAGACAUAAGGAAUAAGAUGGUUUCACCCCAACUGAAGAACUUUGAUGGUCUUUUGGCAACUGAAGUGGUUGCUGAAAACGGGUCAAACCUUGAAGCUUUCGCCUCUCAAACACUUGAUUCUUCUUUAAACUGGAAUGACAUAGAAUGGUUGAGGUCUAUAACAAACUUACCGAUUAUUCUCAAAGGGGUGCUCACUGCUGAAGACGCUGUAAAAGCUGUAGAAGUAGGAGUAGCUGGGGUUAUUGUAUCAAACCAUGGAGCUCGUCAACUUGAUUUUGUUCCAGCCACUAUUUCUGUUCUCGAAGAGGUUGUACAAGCUGUUAGAGGAAGAAUUCCUGUUCUCUUGGACGGGGGAAUUCGACGUGGAACUGAUGUAUUCAAAGCUUUAGCCCUUGGGGCUCAAGCUGUUCUUAUUGUAUUCAUGUCUAUUGCAGAUUGGCAGGCCAGUGAUCUACGGGUUAGCAGCAAAAGGACAAUACGGGGUAACACGUGUCAUUGAGAUGCUGCGGGAUGAACUUGAGCUAACCAUGUCCCUGUGUGGAUGCUGUUCUGUGAAGGAUAUAACGAGAAAUCAUGUGCGGACAGAACGUGAGAAAUUGCAAUCGUUGCUCUAAAUACCUAAGAAACGGCUCCUUUGUAACGCGAUUCAAACAAAACCUCCAAAGAUAAGUAUUCGCACCUAAAACAGAUUGAUCUCUUAAAACCAGAUUAAAACACUUUGAUGGAGUGUGCGCAAUAUUGGAUUCCAUUAUCUCUUAAUUUUUCCA